UAAAGCCCCUGUGCCUUUGAGUCCUUGGGGGAAAAAAAUGUGCUCCAAUAACAGAAGGAUGACAGCAAGGUCAGAGCAUAUCCUGUGUGCAAGUCCUCCUCCUCCUCUCCCAGCAGGGAGGCAGACUGUGGGAGAGAAGGUACCCAAAAAUGCGGGGGAAAAAAAAGGCAUUGAGCAGCCAGCUGCCCUAGGUCUCUCGGGGGAUGAGGUAAGCAAGAUUUCAAGGGGUCACACUGUAACAACUGUUAGCUCCUCAGGAUGGCAAAAGACCUGCUCAAAAGUUCGUAGCUUGCCACUGAAGAGGAACCCACGAGACGCAGUGAGGACUUGGCAUCUGGUAUCAUCUCACACAGGAUCCUGCCAGAGCACCUGGGUGAGCUCGGCACCUAGCUGUUAAUAAAUAACUCCUUCAGCGCCCCUGUUCCUGCAGGAGACAGGAGGAAAGAAGCCUGGGCUCGCAUGAACUUGCUGCAAGUGCUUCAGCGGGGCUGGGGAUCCUGCGGCUGGAAGUCACAGGUACCAAACCAAAGAUGUCCUGGACAAGAAAGAUUCUACUCAUGCUGGGAUUCCUCUCUACUUUGGCUGUAAUCGCUUUAAUUGCUGUAGCAGUGACCCAAAACAAGCCACUUCCGAAGAAUAUUAAGUACGGGAUCGUGCUAGACGCAGGGUCAUCCCACACUAACCUGUAUGUGUACGAGUGGCCAGCAGAGAAAGAGAACAACACCGGGGUGGUGCAGCAGGUGGAGGUGUGUAAAGUCGAAGGCCCUGGGAUCUCAGGUUACUCCCAUGCCACAGAGCAGGCAGGUCCCUCUCUGGCACAGUGCCUACAACAAGCAGGAGAGGUGAUUCCCUCAACGCAGCACCAAGAGACACCCGUCUACCUCGGAGCAACUGCUGGCAUGCGGCUUCUCAGCUUGGAGAAUAAAAGUGCAGCUGACAAAGUCUUGUCCUCAGUAGAGAAGACGCUCCGCUCCUCUCCCUUCAACUUCCAGGGUGCCAGAAUCAUCAGUGGUCAGGAAGAAGGAGCUUAUGGAUGGAUCACCAUUAACUACCUGCUGGGCAAUUUCAAGCAGUCUGGCUGGAAGAAAUUUCUACAUUCCCUGAGAUCCAUAAGUGAGACAUCAGGAGCAUUAGACCUCGGAGGAGCCUCAACACAGAUUACCUUUGUACCAGAAAAACUUUCUCCUGAGUCCCCAGAGAACCUGCUCUACUUCCGUCUCUAUGGCAAGGAUUACCUAGUGUACACGCACAGCUUUCUCUGCUACGGGAAGGACCAGGCUCUGCAGCAGAAACUGGCCAGGGACCUACAGACCAUGGAGAACAGCAGCCUCCUUGAUCCAUGCUUUCACCAGGGGUAUCAGAGGACUAUAAAUACAAGUGACCUCUUCAAAACCCCUUGUACAUCAGCCAAGAAAAAGCAACUCCCUUUCAGCCAGCUGUACAUACAGGGAGAGGGGAAUUAUCAAAAGUGCCGAAGAAACAUCCAGGAACUCUUUAACAAAACCGAUUGUCCUUACUCCAGUUGCUCCUUCAAUGGGAUAUACCUACCUCCAUUGCAUGGGGACUUUGGGGCUUUUUCUGCUUUCUACUUCGUGAUGAACUUUUUGAACCUGACCAGUGAACAAAGCCCCGUUGCCCUGGACAAAGUGGCCAGCGCCAUUGAGAGCUUCUGCGCCCGGCCUUGGCACAAGGUGAAGACAGCGUAUCACCAAAUAAAAGAAAAGUACCUGAGUGAAUAUUGCUUCUCUGGCGCAUACAUCCUUUCUCUCCUGGAAAAUGGCUACGAAUUCACUGAAAAGAACUGGCAAAGGAUCCACUUCCUUGGGAAGAUCGGCAGCAGCGAUGCGGGCUGGACCCUGGGCUACAUGCUGAACCUGACCAACAUGAUCCCCGCAGAGGAGCCCCCUGUGCCCCCUCUUUCCCACGGCAGCUACGUGGGGCUGAUGGUGCUGUGCUCCCUCGUGCUGGUGGCCGUGCUCCUGUUUGCCUGGCUUCUCUUCCACAAGCCCAAGUGCCUGCAGAAAGGGAUUGUUUAGGAAGAGCCUUGGGGAGAGGGGGGCCGUGUCACCCGGCUGCUCAGGGCGAGGAGACCCCGGCAGAGCAGGCUGUACUGCAGAGCCCCUCUCACCUCCCACUGAAGCUACUGACUGUGUACAACGAGGGCAUUUAUUUCUUCUGACUUACACUUGCACUGACAGAUGUUGGGACAUCAGGCUCGCCACCUCUCUCUGCCAAGGACAGACAAGCGGGUGUCCCCUCCUUGAAUGGGUCGUACUUUCACUCAAUGAAACUUUGCUGCUUGUUGGUUUUUUGCCUUGUGCACAGCGUUAUAAAGAGAAAAGCAGCAGCAAUCUUUGGGAGCCGGUGCUCCUGCAAGGGUAAUCUCAGGGUCACACAUCCCACUGAGCUCUUGGGAGCGAUCGCAGGCAGGGUGAUCCUGCUCCUCCUCUGCUGAAGCCGUUCCCGAGAGUGCUUCCCACACCAGCACGCCUCCGCUCGCCUCCCCGCGCCCUGAGGCCUCGCAGCCCCACAGCCGCACACGGCCGCCUGCACCGGCUGGCC